AUGUCGGCUUCGCUGCUGCUCAGGGUCAUCCUCCUCCACUGGGCCACUGGCAGGGGCUUCAUCCAGGGGGGCAGGACAUGGCAGCACUGCACAGACCUGCGCCCGCUGGACGUCCUGUCGGAGGCGGUCCCUACUGGCGAGCUGGCCGGCAGCAUGAGGGUCUUCCAAGCGCAGGGGAUGCGCGGGUUGCAGCUCAACGCCUCCCAGCCCCGCGCCCUGGGCUUCCCUGCCUCCCGGCUCUUCAUCCACUGCGACCGCUUCCCCGAGGAGUUCUCCAUCAUCGUCACGCUGAGGGUGCCCAGCGCCCCCAGCAAGAGGAACGAGUACAUCUUCACGCUGAUGGCUGAGGAGAGCUCCGGCCUGCUGCUGGGGCUGCGCUACGGCCCCCGCAAGCUCCACUUCCUCUUCUGGAGCCAGGAGCGCAACGGCGUCUGGCAAAACCGUGUCACCUUCCCCAACGUCUCCCUCUCUGACAACCAGUGGCACACGCUCAUCCUGGCCGUCUCUGGCCACUCCUUCUCCCUGACAGUGGACUGCAACAUCCCCAAGGACAUUGUGGUGGAGACUCCAUUUCCAUCCUCUUUGUCAGUGAAGAGAGCCAGCUUCUACCUGGGCAGCAGGAGGAGAAGGAAAGGAGUGUUCACGGGCUUGCUAAGACAGCUUGUUUUGCUGCCAGGAGCUGAUGCCACCUCUCAGAUAUGCACCACCAUGAACUUCAAAGUAGAGACACUCUCUGUCCCCACUGUCCUCCAGGGUCUUCCUGAAAAGCCAGCAAGCAACGAGGUGCUGAAAUACCCCUACGAGACAGACACGAAGGUGACACUGGGGUCCAGGCCACCCUGCACCAAACAGGAGAAGGCACAGUUCUGGUUCAACGCCUCCCGGCGAGGGCUGUUCCUCUGCAACGGCAGCACCUGGAUUUCCAUGCUGGAAGUCAAACAAAGGCUGGACUAUGUGGAGGAGUACCAGAACCUGGUGACCAACUCUGAGACAAUGGGUGUUGAGGUCUUCACCAUCCCAAAGGUGGGACUGUUUGCAGCCACCGCUAACCGAUACACUCUGCCUGGCUCUGCCAUCUAUAAGUGGACUGAUGGGAAGUUUGUGCCCUACCAGAACAUCCCCACCUACCAAGCUCAGACCUGGAAGUAUUUCACCAUAGGAAAGAAGAUCUUCCUGGCAGUGGCUAACUUCGAGCAGGACGACAGAGGCCAGGAGCUCUCUGUGAUAUACAAGUGGAGCCGCAGGAAGGAGAAGUUCCUCACGUACCAGAGGAUCACCACGCACAGUGCUAGGGACUGGGAGGCAUUUGUCAUCGAGGGAGAGGCUUUCCUGGCUGUGGUCAACCACAGAGAAGGGAAUAACCACAACAUAGACAGUGUGAUAUACAGGUGGAACCCCAGGACAGGGCUGUUUGAAACCAACCAGACCAUCCCUACCUCUGGAGCCUAUGACUGGGAGUUUUUCACCGUUGGGCCGUACUCCUUCCUGGCUGUGGCUAACACUUUCAAUGGCACAUCCACCAAGAUCUACUCACACAUCUACAUCUGGCUCAGUGGCUCUUUCCAGCUCUUCCAGUCCAUCCUGACGAUUGGUGCUGCCGACUGGGAGGUCUUUCGCAUCGGGGACAGAGUCUUCCUGGCUGUUGCAAACAGCCAUAGCUAUGACAGUGGGAUGCCAGCACCCUCUAACUUCUACGCUAUCAACUCCUCCAUCUAUGAGCUGAACAUCACUGCCCAGAUGUUUGUCAAAUUCCAGGACCUCCUCACUUUCAGUGCCCUGGACUGGGAGUUCUUCUCGGUGGGAGAUGACUCUUUUCUGGUGGUAGCAAACUCCUUCGACGGCUUCACCUUCUCCGUUAACAGCAUCAUCUACAGGUGGCAAGGCUAUGAAGGCUUUGUAGCAGUUCACCACCUCCCCACUGUUGGCUGCAGAGACUGGGAGGCGUUUCACACUGCCGAGGGUUCCUACCUCCUCUACUCCAGUGCCAAGGAGCCACUUUCCAAGGUGCUCAAGCUGAAAACCACCUGAGAUGGCUGAGACAUGUUCAGCUGAUUGCCAGGGUAGAGUGGCCUCCCCAGCCCACCCUGCAGCUGUGGGCACCUGCCCACUCCCCUGCUCCACCAUGGCUGGU